UUAUAAUUCAAGUGAUAAAGAUAAGCCACUUAACAUAAAUGCUUAUAUUAUUCAAGAAUUAUAUGAUAGAUUACUGGGAUUUCAUUACAAUCAAUAUCAGUUAUCUCUUCAAUCUCAUUGGGGAUAUGAAUUGCGAACAGCUAAGCAGUAUCUUGAUCGUCAUUCAGCUUAUAUUGAAUUUACAGAUUGGUUUAUUAUAAAUUAG